GGAGCUGCACUUUGCCGACGAGCAUUUCUGCCGUCCUGCUUCAGCACAGUCACCACUGCCCCCUCUGAUCAGCCAAAACACGCAGCGACUCCUGAGUUCAUCAAUGUAACUCGGGUCAGUGAGAAACUGCACCGUUCAGCUGGAUAAGUCCAAUCCCCACCGAAGAGAGAGAGAAGAAUAAGAAAAAAAAAGGAGAGAGUGGAGUGUUGGCGUAAAAAUUGUGAAGGAAAAGAGAAGAAUAUGAUGCUCAAGCAGCACCUGAUCUUCAUCCUCUACAGCCUCUGUUCAAGCGUCUUUAAAGUGGCUGGAACAAAAAGCAAAGCGAAAGGUAGCCAAGGUCAGUUCCCCAUCACGCAGAAUGUGACGGUGGUGGAGGGGGGCACAGCCAACAUGACCUGUCGUGUGGAUUACAAUGAUAACACUUCCCUCCAGUGGUCAAACCCUGCACAACAAACUCUGUUUUUUGGGGACAAGAAAGCUCUGAGAGAUCACAGAAUUGAGCUUGUAAGAGCCACGUCACAGGAGCUCACCAUCAGAAUCAAUGACGUCAGCCUGUCAGACGAGGGCCAGUAUACAUGCUCACUCUUCACCAUGCCUGUCAAGACAACUAAGGCUUUCCUCACUGUUUUAGGAGUGCCAAGUCGACCAGAAAUCACAGGAUUUACCAAGCCAGCCAUGGAGGGAGACGAAAUCACCCUGACAUGCACCACAUCAGGCAGCAAACCUGCUGCCAACAUUCGGUGGUUCCGAAAUGACAAGGAGGUCCAAGGAACUACAGAGGUCAAUGCUACAGGAAAAUCCUUCACAGUAAGAAGCAGCCUCUUGUUUCAAGUGGACAAACGGGAUGAUGGAGUCGCAUACACCUGCAGUGUGGAACAUGUGUCUCUGUACAAACCGUACAUGACAACUGAGGUCCUGGAGGUUCAUUAUGCUCCACAACUGGAAAUCACACAUUCACUGAUAAUUCCACAGGAAGGACAAUACUUCAAACUGGAGUGUGUUUCCAUAGGCAACCCAAUACCCGAACCAGUGCUCUGGUCUAAAGAUGGAGGAGAGCUGCCAGACAUUGAGCGUAUGAUUGUGGAGGGCAGAGAGCUCACCAUCACGACACUCAACAAAACAGACAAUGGCACAUAUCGCUGUGAGGCCAGCAACCAUAUGGGGACCAGCUUUGCUGAGUAUAUUCUGUUUGUAUAUGUGAUCAGUGGAUUUAACCUUCGACUGCUGACAUGUUUGCUGUCUUUCACCAGUCUAUUUCUUGUUGUAGAAUUAUUAACACUUGCUUUUACCAAGGAGA